CUUGUUGAGGUCUCUGCCUCCACCUGCUGAUGGAUGGAGAGAAAAGGUGCGUCCACGUCGGCGCUCCGGUGUGUUUCCCCGCCUCCCCUUCCUCCUCCUCCUCCCCCCUCCUCCUCUCGCCAUGAAUGAAAGCUUCAUCUUCAGGUAUGCCUCCUAACCCUCAGCUGCGCUCCAGCGACAGCCAGCAGCAGAAAAGCCGCAGAUUGAUCCUCAUCUCCGGGUGGAAACAGCGCACACAUCAGCCUCUGGAACAGCAGCGCCGCGAGACGAGUGCGAACUUCAAAGCUUAAGUAGUGGUUUAAAGAAAAGAAAGGGAAAAAGAAAGAAAGAAAACAACCAUGGCGACAAUAGGAGAUUUCGACCCACUCAACUCCACCGUACCUGCGACCAAGAUAGAAAUCACGGUGUCCUGCAGAAACCUGUUAGACAUGGACACCUUCUCAAAGUCAGAUCCAGGCGUGCUUGAGGAGGUGGAGAAUGUGGUGGUAUUGUAUGUUCAAGGCCUGGGCACAAAAGAGUGGAGAGAGUUUGGUCGAACGGAAGUGAUUGAUAACACACUGAACCCCGACUUUGUGAGAAAGUUUGUCCUUGAUUUCUUCUUUGAAGAGAAGCAGAACCUUCGCUUUGAUGUGUAUAAUGUGGAUACCAGGAGCUCCAACCUUUCCAAACAUAAGGACUUUCUGGGUCAGAUGUUCUGCACUUUGGGAGAGAUCAUCGGUUCUCCUGGUGGCAGACUGGAGAGAACACUAUCUGGGAUUCCUAACAAGAAGUGUGGAACCAUCAUCUUCACAGCUGAGGAGCUGAGCAACUGCCGGGACCUAGCCACCAUGCAGUUCUGUGCCAACAAGCUGGAUAAAAAGGAUUUCUUUGGCAAGUCUGACCCUUUCCUCGUCUUCUACCGGAGCAACGAGGAUGGAACGUUUACCAUCUGCCACAAAACGGAGGUGAUCAAGAACAAUCUGAACCCUGUUUGGCAGUCAUUUACGAUCCCAGUUCGAGCUCUGUGUAAUGGAGACUAUGACAGGACAGUCAAAGUGGACGUCUAUGACUGGGACAGAGAUGGGAGUCAUGACUUUAUUGGAGAGUUUACCACCAGCUACAGAGAACUGUCAAGAGGUCAAAGUCAGUUCAACGUCUAUGAGGUUUUGAAUCCUAAAAAGAAAGGGAAGAAGAAGAAAUACGUCAAUUCAGGGACGGUGACUCUCCUGUCCUUUAAGGUGGAGUCUGAAUGCACGUUUGUUGACUUCAUCAGAGGAGGGACACAACUUAAUUUCACUGUGGCCAUAGACUUCACAGCAUCUAAUGGUAAUCCAUCCCAACCCACCUCACUACACUACAUGAGUCCAUACCAGAUGAAUACAUACGCCAUGGCCCUGAAAGCUGUGGGAGAGAUCAUUCAGGACUACGACAGUGACAAACUCUUCCCUGCAUAUGGCUUUGGAGCUAAACUUCCCCCAGAUGGCAAAAUCUCCCAUGUUUUCCCACUGAACUCUAAUUCAGAAAACCCAAACUGUGUGGGGAUCGAAGGCGUACUGGAGGCUUACUUCCAGAGCCUUCGCACUGUUCAGCUCUACGGCCCCACCAACUUUGCUCCUGUCAUCAGCCAGGUGGCUCGGUCUGCUGCAGAAGUGACAGAUGGCUCUCAGUACUUUGUGCUGCUGAUGAUCACAGAUGGUGUCAUCUCCGACAUGGCUCAAACCAAAGAGGCAGUAGUCAACGCAGCAUCUUUGCCAAUGUCCAUCAUCAUCGUGGGAGUGGGCCCUGCUGAGUUUGAUGCUAUGGAGGAGCUGGAUGGGGAUGAGGUCAGAGUGUCUUCCAGGGGACGCUUUGCUGAGAGAGACAUCGUCCAGUUUGUUCCUUUCCGGGACUACAUCGACCGGUCAGGAAACCAGGUCCUGAGCAUGGCCCGGCUGGCUAAAGACGUUCUGGCAGAGAUUCCGGACCAGCUGCUGUCUUUCAUGAAGAGCCGAGUGAUUGAACCUCGUCCACCACUUCCUGCCACCUCUGAUGCACCUACCAUGUCCUCCUCCACCACAACUAAUACUCCUGCACCCAAACAACGCAACACACACCCCUGAAUGAAAGCAGUGUGUAUCCGUGUGUGUCUGUGUGUGUGUGGGUGGGUGGGUGUGUGUGGUUCCAGGGUUGUUGGCACAAACCAAAUCUGUAAACUGAGCCUUUGUUUCUUUUUAAACUGUAUAUGGAAAGGACCCCUGUGCAGGACCUGGACUGUAAGAGUGGAAAGCAUACUUUUUGUGUUUAUGUUUCAGGUUCUGACCCUUAUCAGGACCUACUAUAGUACAAACUUUGUUUUAAAUGCUCAGACUGCAUUUAAAACAAAGGCUACAAAUGCAAAGAUGUUUUUCGUGAGUCAGCUUUUUCAUUGCAUUUCUGUGACUGAUCUAAACCUUUUUGGAUUUUUUUAUUUUUCCUACAGAAAUCGAGUCCAGCUCCUUCAGCUCCACCUCAGUUUCUAUCCCACUGUUCCUUUCACGAUCACAGAGAAAUAAAUGUUUAACUAUCCACAAAAUUAGAUUUUUAUCAGUUGUAAAUAAACACAGCACCAAGGCUGA